AUGCUGCAGCGGGCUCAAGCUGCUCAGGCACAGAGCAAUCAAGCCAGAGCAAGCGAGAAGGUUGCAUACAAGCCAGGCAUUACAGCUCCCAUAUUUGCGGUGUCAAUACUUGUCUUGUUACUAUCGACAGUAUCCUGGGCAAAGCGAUGGGUGGUCUCCGGGGCAGCCAUAGAGAGCCUCAUUGUGAUCUGCGGCUACGGCCAAGGCUCACGCAUAUUUCCGGCGAUUCCAUUAUGGACACUGCUAGCCACCUUGAAUCUGGUCUACGCAAUCGCUUCGACCUCAUGGUUGCUCUACAUCGGCUUCGCGGUGGCUUGCUAUCCGAUAAUCGGCAUCACAUGUCUGGUGCAGUUCGCCACUGUGGCAGACAUGGCCCGUCGCGGUCUCAGAAAACUGCUGAGCGAACUACAUUUCACGAGAGACAAAAUUGCGUUUUUCAACCUUCCGGCUCUCGAAAUCGACGUAGACGUCAAUGGACUCUUGGUCCUUAGAGGCAUAACGAUCUCAUUAUCUUCGCUCACGAUCGUUGUGAACGGGAUCGAAUUAGGACUCAAAUUAGCCAAUGACAUCGAAAUGUCCAUGUGCGCAGAGGAGGUUACAAUCUCUCUAUUCCGUCGCAUUGAAAUCGGCGAUGUUUAUGGCAAUAUCAAGGGUGGUUAUAGCGAGAUGACCUUCGGUGAACUAGACGACCCAACUGAUGCCGACUCCACCGUUGACGUCCUGCUUGAUGAUACACCACUCCUGCGAGCCGCAAAUGUGGGCAAGGAAAAAUUCAGAGAUCGUCCCAAAUUGAGAGAGUCUUUGACAGGCGUGAGCUAUAUGAGAGACGUGCCUGCUAAGUCCGUACUUGAAUCUGUCACAACACUCUCGCCUGACGAUGCGGCUGCAGAUGCCAAGUACACUGAAAUGUUGACCGCCAUCCGUACCGAGAGUGCAAUCUACCAGUCUCGCGCACGGGUUCGCCAAAAAGCUGCCCUUCCGAGCGAUUCAGAGGAUGACAAAACGAAAGAAACACGUGCAGCAAUUUGCGCAGAAAUG